AUGGCCGAUAUUCAGCACAAGCGCGUAGCGCUCAAGCUCAAAGCGGCGUGCGAGGAAACAGCGGCACAAGCUAUUGCAGCUACGACCGCGAGCGGACAGGCGAGUCGCAUCCAUGGCAAGAAUCGCAAGUUUGGUAGUCGAAAAGAGGCGAUGGCAGCCAAGAUCGAAGCCGCGAAGGAGAAACGGGAGGCAAAAGAAGCAGCAGAUUGA